AUGUCUACUUCAGCGCCUUCAAAAAACCGUCUUCAUCAGCAAAACAUCACGCCAAGUCAAGUUCAGGUGCUCAAGAGUCUAGAACUUCACUAUGACAUUCUAGACCAAGCUAUCAUUUGCAUACCCUGUGGUUUCGCCUUAAAGACAGACGACGACCGCGUCGGACGCCAUCUCAAAGAGAAACAUGGGAUAUCUAAAAAUCGUCGGCAGAAGCUCAAUACCCUCGUCAAUUCUCUGCGCCUUCCUGACCUGGAUGAGCUGCCGAAGCGACGAGAUGAAUCUGCACAGCAUCCAUUCCUAGCCCUUCAGAUUGGAGCGGAGUGUAAGCACUGCAAAUUGCGGUCCACAAGUCAUGACAUACUAUCACGUCAUCUGAAGAAAGAACAUACCCGGGAGAUAAAUGGCACAAGCGCAAGGGGGAAGCGAUGGUUACGCGAUCAUAUCCGAGACGGUCUUACUUUCCAGAGUUGGAAGGCCAACGACAUUCAGAGAUCCUGGAUCGUCCUGACCACAGACGAUCAACAAUCACUGCAAAAGGGCCCUUAUCGACCCGUACAAGCAGUUCCGGACGUUGUCAAAGAAUUUGCCCAGAAAUUGGUCUCGGAGGAGCGCGACCGCUUGGAUGAGCAACAAUGCUCACCUGGUUCCGGUGGAACUCUUGAAAAGAAAGAGCUACUCACUAACUGGAUGCGGCGUACUCGCUGGGGCGAAACGUUUUAUACUGGGCUGUUAGGGUUGGGUUUGUCUAUUACAAUGAUGUGA